UCCUCCUCCCUUCCCACAACUUCAAAAGUCGUACCCAUUUCUUCGCGUCGACGUCUCUAGACAUGGCACCAAUGGCAAGGGAACCAGGCCAGAAGGGCGUAAACUGGUCAAAUAUUGCUGUCGGCGCGAUUAUGAACAUGAUUGAGGUUACGACGUUGGGUCAACCUUUAGAGGUCAUAAAGACCCAGAUGGCGGCCAACCGAAGUGAGACGAUGUUACAGGCACUUCGGACUGUCUGGAGUCGCGGUGGCAUCAGUGGGUUCUACCAGGGGCUCAUUCCAUGGGCUUGGAUAGAGGCGUCGACGAAGGGCGGUGUAUUGCUGUUCACCGCGUCGGAGAUCGAAUCCGGUGUUACGAGCUUCGGUGUAAGUCCCGCAGCUGCCGGACUUCUGGGGGGAAUGGGCGGUGGCAUUGCACAAGCCUAUGCGACGAUGGGUUUCUGCACAUGCAUGAAAACAGCUGAAAUCACACGACACAAGCAGGCCGCUGCGGGCAUCAAGCCGCCGUCGACGUGGGCUGUCUUCGCGGACAUCUACCGCAGAGAAGGUAUUGCUGGUAUUAACAAGGGCGUUAAUGCGGUGGCAGUCCGCCAGUGCACGAACUGGGGCUCACGUAUGGGCUUUGCCCGUCUUGCAGAGGCUACCAUCCGGAAAAUCCGUGGAAAGACUGAGAAUGACAAGCUCGGUGCUCUUGACAAGAUCCUGGCUUCGUCGAUAGGUGGCGCUCUCGCAACGUGGAACCAGCCGAUCGAGGUCGUCCGUGUUGAGAUGCAAUCCAUGUCCAAGAAUAUGUCUGCCAAUCGGCCUGCUAAGCUGACUAUCUUCAACACUCUCGGGUUCAUCUACAAGGAGAACGGGUUGAAGGGCCUGUACCGAGGAGUGACACCUCGUAUUGGGCUUGGUAUCUGGCAAACUAUCUGCAUGGUUUCCUUCGCUGAUUAUGUCAAGGCUUGGGUCAAAGGAAGGCAGUAAAGCUGCUGAGACUGGGACUCUGCACGACUGCUUCGUUCACCUUUCGUCAUUCUUUCGUUGUUGUUAGACAGUAUUCUAGACGUCUAUUAUUUUUCUUAAAAAUUACAUACAAAUAUAUUUUGACACGGC